AAUUUCGUCUGCAUUAGUUCUUGCAGCAGAAACAACAAAUCAUAUCAAUACUUUAGGUAGGCCCGUCUAUAACAUCAAUCAACAACAAUUAUGCGUUAAUAAUUCUAUGUGGGGACAUAUAAAAGUAAAAGCAUGUCCUUUCUAGCACUUCGCCCAUUGUUGCUAAGAAGUCGCUUCAUAACAUUUUCGCUCACACGAGCUACCUCAGUUGUCGGGCAAACCCGUGGCCAUGCGGACGACAAACGAUCGCCUGGGACAGCUUCACUUUCGGCGUCCUCUCAUCGGACCGACUUAUCGACUGAUGUCCGGCCACUCGGAGAACGAGUGAAGGAGAACACCAAAACUGCCAGCUAUAUGGGAGUCAUUGUGUUGGGGGUUGGUGUGACCGGGGCUCUAUUUUACGUCAUCUUCCGUGAGCUGUUUUCCUCCAACAGUCCAAAUAAUAUCUACACGGAAGCGUUAGAGCGAGUGAAGAGUGAAGCUAGGGUCAAGGAUGCUUUGGGAGCACCGAUAAAAGGUUUUGGCGAGGAAAGUAGGCGGGGUCGAAGGACACAUGUUGCCCAUACCUCGUACAUAAAGGAUGGAGUACAAUACUUGCGAAUGCAGUUCUAUGUGCAGGGCAUAAGGAAUAAAGCGACGGUGCAUUUGGAGAAGAAAAUGAAUGAGUCCGGUGAUUAUGAUUAUCGAUAUCUGUUCGUUCAGUUGGAUUAUUAUCCUCACACCACUAUUGUUCUCGAGGAUAAUCGACUCCAGCAGGAUAGUUUAAGGAAGAGCAACAGCUUGCAACCGAUUUUAUGAGCUUAAUUUUUGUUAAUAUAUUUUGUAAAUAUAGUUUUUUCACAUA